GUGAAACCCGCAUUGUGGGGACACCAUAGAACUCUCACUAGUGUCCUACUAAAAAAAGGUUAAGUUGGUAUCCACUGUUCAGACUUCAGCUAAGAGAGAGAUUUGAACACACGUUUUCAGCAAAAUACAGUUGACAGGAUAUCGCACGAUCCUAGAAAACUCUCUUUAUGCUCCGUAAAAAUGUACGGUUACCAUCUUUCCAAGAACUUGUUCUCUUACUACGAACUUUUCUCCAAGAUGCGCUGCUGUCACGUUUUCCCGCCAAGAAUCACAGCUGAUGCCUGAGCCUUCCCUCCCCUGUCCCCCUCACCCCCCUCUUCCCUAAAAAAAUGACAAUUUUCUCACCCCAGUCCCUUCCACUAGAAGCAAAAAUGCAAGAUGGCGGACGAUUGCGUUGUAGAGAUAGUCGUCCUUUGAAAAAGACAACAAUUUCUGUUAUUCGCGUAUAACUAUAGCUUUUCCUUGUAUUUAUCAUGCUUUGGUCGCUUCUUCGAAAUGCUACUCAGAGGGGGUUAUCUUGGAAUACCCCGUGUCUUUUCCAGAGGUCAAGAUUCUCUGGGUUAUGUAAGAGUUUUGAUGUUAUUUCAAGUCACUUUCGACAUGGCCCACAUCGAAGGACAAUUUACACUAGAUGCUACAGAGAACUUGACAUAGCAAAGGGAUCCAUCUACCAACACGCGAGAUGCCUGAAAUUCCUUUCAAGUUUGUUGCCGAAUGUAAAUCGUCGUUUUGUUGGAACUCGUGUCGGCUUGAACAGUACUUCAGCCUCUAACAUGCGCAACAAAACAACAGCAAUAUAUACAAUCGCCGUAGCAGUAGCAAUUGUGGGGCUCUCUUACCUUGCUGUACCUCUUUAUCGCCUUUACUGUCAGGCAACAGGUUUAGGUGGCACAGUGAAGAGAGAAGAGGCUGGUGAAAAGAUUGAGCAAAUGGAAAGAAAGCCAGAAAGAGAUCUUCUCAUUAGGUUUAAUGCAGAUAAGAGUGCUUCCAUGCAGUGGAACUUCAGACCUCAGCAAUCUUCAAUCAGGCUUGUACCAGGAGAGACAGCUCUUGCCUUUUACACAGCUACCAAUCCAACUGAUGAACCCAUAACAGGAAUUUCGACAUAUAAUGUGAUUCCCUUUGAAGCAGGACAGUAUUUUAACAAGAUCCAAUGUUUUUGCUUUGAGGAACAGAGGCUAAAUCCACAUGAACAGGUUGAUAUGCCAGUGUUCUUCUACAUCGAUCCAGAAUUUACGGAGGACCCAGCCAUGGUUAAAGUGGACAUCAUUACUCUCUCGUACACGUUUUUCGAGGCAAAAGAAGCCGAGAAGCUUGGUUUAUAGAAGUAUCAGUGUGACAGAGUAUAUAAAGAAAGUUAAUUUGAUAUCCCGCUAUCAGACGUAAAACGGCCGUGAAACACAAACGAGAUGCUUUGUUGUUUUUUGUGCCUUGUUUUCCUCAUCAUUCCUCUCCUUAUCUACUGAGUCGCUGUUAGUAUGUAAGGGUUAACUUUCUGUAUGCGGGUAAAGCACACCUAACUUGAAGAGCAUUUCUGAAAAAGACUGCUUGUUGGGAACUUGUGUAAACGAGAGGAGAGGAGAGGAGAGGAGAGAUACUGAAACGUCUGUCAGACUCACAAUGACAAGCUACUGAGAGUGUGAAAAUUAACAAAGCUUAACAACAAGAAAAUGGGGAAAGUUCAUACAGUUAGUGCAUUAUAACCCUUUUUGUUCCCCAGAGUGACCAACAGUUUAUUUUGGCAAAUAUUUAUGAUAUUAUUUUCGCAACAGUCAUUCCUGGUGUUAUUGUUUACGCAUAAAUAAACGGUCUUAUCAACAGCCCUCUGCUAUUA